UCCGGGUUCCGGCCUCGGAACAGCCGUUAGUGCCGCUCUGCUGUCGGCACCCCCCGGCACCCCGACCCCUCGGGCGGGCCUCCGGCACCGCCAUGGUCCUACUCCACGUGAAGCGGGGCGACGAGAGCCAGUUUCUGUUGCAGACGCCCGGGAGCGCCGAGCUGGAGGAGCUCACGGUGCGGGUGACCCGGCUCUACAACGGGCGGCUGAAGGUGCAGCGCCUCUGCUCAGAAAUGGAAGAAUUAGCAGAACACGGCGUGUUUCUCCCCCCUAAUAUGCAAGGACUGACUGAUGAGCAGAUUGAAGAAUUGAAAUUAAAGGACGAAUGGGGCGAAAAGUGCAUCCCCAGCGGUGGGUCCGUGUUUACCAAGGACGACAUCGGGCGAAGGAACGGGCAAGCCCCAAAUGAAAAAAUGAAGCAAGUUUUAAAGAAGACUAUAGAAGAAGCCAAAGCAAUAGUAUCUAAGAAACAGGUGGAAGCCGGUGUGUGUGUUACCAUGGAGAUGGUGCAGGAUGCCCUGGACCAGCUCCGAGGUGCAGUGAUGAUUGUGUAUCCCAUGGGGCUGCCGCCCUACGACCCCAUCAGGAUGGAGUUUGAAAACAAAGAAGACCUGGCGGGGACUCAGGCAGGCCUCCAGGUCAUCGCCGAGUCGGAGGCGCAGCUGUGGUGGGCCGCCAAGGAGCUGCGGAGGCAGAAGAAGCUGGCCGACUACGUGGGGAGGAACGAAAAGACCAAGAUCAUCGUCAAGCUUCAGCAGAGGGGACAGGGGGCCCCUGCCCGGGAGCCCAUCAUCAGCAGUGAGGAGCAGAAGCAGCUCAUGCUGUACUACCACCGGAGGCAGGAAGAACUCAAGAAAUUGGAAGAAAAUGACGACGACUCGUGUUUAAAUUCUCCGUGGGCUGAUAAUACUGCUUUGAAAAGACAUUUCCACGGCGUGAAAGACAUCAAGUGGAGACCAAGAUGAGGUGCACCUGUUGAUCAAGCUGUGGGAAUCAGCCGCUUCCUGGCAGGAUAACUGACAGGGAAGAAGUGGCCACGCCCUGUGGCAGAUGGGGAACUUCUGCUUUUCCUAUGGUCUGGAUCUUUAAAAUAACAAGUAUUCAAUCAAUUAGACUCAAGGAAAUACAUCCUCAUACGAAGGUGUGUAAAUUACUUUGGUUUCAGAGCAACCAUUUAGUUUCUUGGAUUGUUCUUUAAUAAAAUACUGAAGAU